AUGGCGUGGUUACGUUUAGCCGCCUUACUAGCGCUUGCCUCUGCUGUGGCCAGUCAACAUGGCACAGUAGGCCGUCCGUGUGAGGUAUCCACCGAUUGCGGAACUGGUAACUAUUGUGCUGGCAACAAGCGAUGCGCCUGCCUCACCACUUAUGUUGAGAUUGACUCGUACUGUUGGCGAAAAUGUUGUUUGAAAGUAGCAAUUGUUCAGUAUUGGUACUACUAUGAUGCUAGUCUCAAGAUCAAUCCGGGCGAAUCAGGCUGUACACAGAAUAGGCAAUGUGAAGCGGUAUGGCCCGGUGCAUACUGUCGUUCAGGAGAAUGUCGCUGUGCGAAUAAUCAACCUCCAUUCAGGACGAGAGAUGGACUGGUGUGCUUAAACUAUGGAUUUUGCCCGUUGAAUGGUAAUAAUCCAAAAUUCCGCAUCGAAAACCAAGUGCAGCAAUGUUAUGGAGGAGCCGAUGCCACAUGCGAAGCCAUCGGAGCUCUUGCCUACGAUUGUAUCUGUGAUUCAGAUGAUUGCACAGUAAACAACCCAAUCAGUUUUUGUUGCCCAAGUAGAGCCUUUGCUUGCAUCCAACCACCAAAUGAGGGUUACACUCCACCUGGCGGUGGCACUACCCUCAACCAUUGGUACCAUGACCCAAUCACUGGCGAGUGUCGCGAGUUGAAAUAUCAGGGAUACGGUGGAAAUGCGAACAAUUUCCAGACGAAAGACCACUGUGAAUCUUAUUGUAAACAAACUUGCAACCGUGGUCUGCCACUAUACAGAGAUCGCACCACUGGCGUUAAGCAAGAGCCAGUCUAUUGUCAAGGAAAUGAUAAUGGCUGUAAUAAUCCUAAUUAUCAAUGUACCACUAUGGGCACACUGCAACAGUGUUGUCCUACUUAUUUGUUUAUCUGCUCGCGAAAUGGAGGUAUCCCGACCGAAGUGUACAACACAGCUGGCGGCUUGCCAACUGAGUACUUCGACGUGGGAAUCCCUGAUGGCUCCGGCACCACCUCACCUAGAUUCUACUAUGAUUCGAGAGAAGGACGAUGCAUACAGUUCUCGUAUCUUGGACAAGGAGGAAACUUCAACAAUUUCCUUUCUCAAGAUCAUUGCGAGAAGUUCUGCUCGAGAAUUCUUUGUUCUGCUGGUGAACCACUCAAAGACUCAUCCGGUGAACGAAAUAUGGAAUGCUCUCCCACCGGAAGUGGAGCCAACUCAUGCCCAUCAACUCAUUCCUGCGAAAGUACCUCAGGCUCGACCACCUUUGGUGGUGUUUGCUGUCCACGUCCGCAGUACGUGUGCAAACUUCCGCGUGAGCAGGGUAACUGUGGAACAUACUCGAACCGCUGGUGGUUCAACGCAAAAACCGGAAACUGCGAAGAAUUUAUCUACUCGGGUUGUCAGGGAAAUUCGAACAACUUUGAGACAUACAAGGAAUGUCAGGAUUACUGUCGCGACGCGAGAAGUGAACCUCAGUGCAUCCAAGGCACUGCGCUCACGGAUUCGAACGGUAACUUCAUUAUCUGUGGAGGUUCAACAGCUGCUUCCACAACUUGUCCUGCUAACCAUUAUUGUUACUAUGAUGGUACUACCUACGGAUGCUGCCCUACUCAAGCUUACACCUGCUCGCUGUCGUACAAGUCGGGUGCUUCUUGCGGACCAGCCGUUACUCGCUGGUACUACGACUCGACAACGAGAACCUGCCAGACCUAUUCAUUCAACGGCUGCGAUGGAAAUUCGAACAAUUUCGCCACUCAACAAGAUUGCAAGGACUACUGCCGUGUAGAGUCAUGCCCAGACGGAGGAGAGGUCUGGAAGGAACAGAAUGGUGCAGCUCGUGCCUGUACUACCAGCCGUCAAUGCCCUUCCACCCAUUACUGUACACCGGUUACCACAUGGACUGGCACGGUCUACCAAACAAAAUCCUUGUGCUGUCCAUCGAAGAACUUCGUUUGCUCACAGCCAAGAGAUGUAGGCGUACGUUGUUCGAGUACACGGAUCACUCGAUGGUACUUCAACGCUGACACAAAAACUUGUCAGACAUUCGAAUACAAUGGAUGCGAAGGUAACCGCAAUAACUUCGCCUCGCAGAAAUCUUGCCAGAAUUACUGCCUCUCGGAAGCUUGUCCUCCAGGAACAGUUGUUGCUAAGGAUGGUGAUGGCAGUCGCUUGGUGCAGUGUAGCAACCCAGGCGGUAACGGUCGCGUAUCUGGUGGAUGUCCGGAAGGCUACACAUGUUAUUCUUCUCCACUUCUGGAUCAGAACGUGUGCUGUGGAGCUAGCACCGAAUUGCAAUCACUUUGUCCCACUUCCUCGACUCCUUUCAUCUCUGCCCUUUCUUUACAACCAAUGCAAUGCACGCCAAAUGUUGAUGGCGCUUGCCCUGGUAACUUCUUCUGCUGGUUCUCGACCACUGCCACUUCCGUCAACGCAUUCUACUGCUGUCGUUCUCCUGAUAGCGUCGAUACUGGAUUCUGCCCGCCACAACUCGUCCCUGUACCAGGAGAAGGUGGCGCUCAGUACAAGUACUGCUCACCAUCAGCACCAUUGAACGAUGCGAUUCAAGGAUGUGGAGCAAAUAGGCAUUGUCAAUUCAGUACUAACUUGGAAAGGUAUAUCUGCUGCGGGUUGGAAUCUGAUGUGCGAUUGCCGAACGUGUGCCCUCCACAGCCAGCUAACCUCGUUCCAGUCGAACUGGCUGGCAAUUAUCGCACAUGCAAUCCAUAUGCUCGAGCCGGUACGCCACAAAGCUGCCCCGACAAUUCGGCAUGCUUAUACACUGGCAAUGACAACGGAUUCAUUUGCUGCCGGGUACAGUUGGGUGGAGGAAAGGCGUAGACGAUGAUGAUGCCGAAUUGCGAAGUGCCACAUCUUACUGCAGAUUGUCUAUUGUUUUUGUUUUGUGUUGUUCAGUUUGCCCUCAGCAUAAGUCUUAUCUGACCAUGUGCCUUUCUAUCAAAUGACACUGUAUUGAAUAACUAUUGGUGCCAAAUGCUGCUGGAUGAAGAUGUUUCUCGAAUCUUUACUGUACAAUGUCACUUAAUCUAUUACUUCGGUUCUUCAUGUUCUUUACUCUUCACUAACUGGUUAUGUGUGUCUCACUCAGUGC